AUGGUUCAUCACUCCGCGACGCGGCACGCGCCGGGGGCGAACGGCGCGGUGCCCGUGGUGCAUCACGCGAGCUACAGCAAACCAGUCAUGCCGCGCGGGCACAGAUUUCCGAUGACUGUUUUCCAGCGCGUGCACGACAUCCUGCGCGAAGAGGGCGUCAUCGCGAGAGGGCAGACGAAUUGCUUCGUCCCGGGACGCGCGCCGAGCGUGGACGAGCUGUGUCGAGCGCACGAUGAAGAUUACGUGAGAGACGUGCGCGCGAGCGCGCUGGACGCGAAGCGCGAGAGAGAAAUCGGACUGCCGUGGAGCGACGCGCUCGUGGAGAGAACGCUGAUGGAGGUUUCGGGGACGAUGCUGACGGUGGAUUUGGCGAUGAAGGUGGGAUUGUGCGUGAACACGGCGGGAGGGACGCAUCACGCGCAUCGCGAUAGGGGGAGCGGGUUUUGCAUCGUCAACGAUUUGGCGGUGUCGGCGCUGAGGGCGAUCGAUUCGGGGGCGGUGUCGAGGGUGAUGAUUAUAGAUUUAGACGUGCAUCAAGGCGAUGGGACGGCGGCGAUUUUAGCGAACGAACCGGGCGUGUUUACGUUUUCGGCGCACGCGAAGUCUAAUUUUCCGGCGCGAAAGCAACAGAGCACGCGAGACGUCGAGCUGCCGCGCGGGAUGACGGACGACGCGUACAUGGCCGUCGUCGCGGCGGCGAUGCGAGAGUCUCUCGAAGACUUUCGGCCAGAGUUGGUGAUUUACGACGCAGGCGUGGACGUGACGUCGAACGACACACUCGGACAUCUCGAUCUCACCGUCGAAGGGCUGUAUCGACGCGAGCGCAUGGUGAUGGACACCGUGCUCGGCGCCGGCAUUCCCCUCGCGGGGGUCGUCGGGGGUGGGUACUCACCGGAUAUAGAUGAGCUCGCGAGUCGUCACGCAGUCUUGCAUCGCGUGGCGCGCGAAAUGUUCGUCGAUCACGGGUUGUAA